GCAGUGAAGGGAGGGAUGAGCAACGAAGCUGGCUGUCUGCAUUCGCUCCGCACAUCAGCAGCAGCAGCCAAAUCCUUCCUUUGCUUCCCUCCCUCCCUCACAAGGAUUCGGCCAGCCAGAGGCUGCACGCCCCCCCCCCCCCCCCAAACCGCCGCGAGGGACCGACCUCAGUCAGCCGCGCACUCCUCUCCGACAGAGCGACCAUCCGUAUUUGCCCGUCUCCCCUCAUGGAUGUCCCACCUCGUAACGACCUUAGACGACGGAUGGCGGCGGUGUAGAUGUGUCUGGCGGCACACGCUUUUACGUCAAGCUUCUUCUGGUUUUUUUUUUUGUUUUUUUUGUUAGUUUUUUUCCCCACGCGCUAACCGGUUGGUGUUCGCCCGCAGAGAGGAGGAGCAGCAGCGCUUGUCCUGCGCUUAGCCCGAGAAGCUAACCGAGCUAGCGAGCUAACUUUAGCCCCAACACUUGGUACCUGGUCGGGGGAGUUUUGUGGUUUCCAAGCUAACCUGCGGCGGACUUGGGCUGCCCCGUCACUCUUUUAAAUUAAGGACUAUGUUGGAGUGACGAGCAAAGGUGGAAGUGGCAUCUCUGACGCUCUGCCUUGUCUGCUGGUGGAGCCUCCUGUACAUCUGACCAGAGACCCCUGGACAGGUGACGUUUCCAGGAUGCGGAGGUUCGCCUACUGCAAAGUGGUCCUGGCCACCUCUCUGGUGUGGGUGAUGCUGGACAUGUUUAUCCUGCUCUACUUUAGCGAGUGCAACAAGUGUGACGACAAGAAGGAGAGAGGACUGCCUGGUAGAGAUGACCACCUUGCGAGACCGAGGGACGGGCCUGGGGAGGGGGGGAAGCCUGUGGUGAUCCCGAAGGAGAACCAGGAGAAGAUGAAGGAGAUGUUCAAGAUCAACCAGUUCAACCUCAUGGCCUCUGAGAUGAUUGCACUCAAUCGUUCAUUACCCGACGUCCGACUCGAAGGGUGCAAGAACAAGCUAUACCCUGACAAUCUGCCCAGAACCAGCGUGGUGAUUGUAUUUCACAACGAGGCGUGGAGCACGCUGCUGCGGACGGUCCACUCCGUCAUCGACCGCUCUCCCCUCACACUCCUGGAGGAGAUUGUCCUAGUGGACGAUGCCAGUGAACGAGACUUUCUAAAGCGACCGUUAGAGCAAUAUGUCCGACGGCUGGAGGUUCCUGUGCGGGUGGUGAGGAUGGAUCAGAGGUCCGGACUCAUUCGAGCUCGCCUCAAAGGAGCCUCCAUCUCUACGGGCCAGGUCAUAACCUUUCUGGAUGCUCACUGUGAAUGCACGACAGGCUGGCUGGAGCCGCUGCUCGCUCGCAUCAAAUACGACAAGAAAACGGUGGUGUGCCCCAUUAUCGACGUGAUCAGCGACGACACCUUCGAGUACAUGGCGGGUUCAGACAUGACGUACGGAGGCUUCAACUGGAAGCUCAACUUCCGAUGGUACCCGGUGCCCCAGAGAGAAAUGGACCGCCGCAAAGGAGACCGCACACUUCCUGUCAGGACUCCCACCAUGGCAGGAGGCUUGUUCUCUAUCGACAGAGAUUAUUUCCAGGAGAUCGGCACAUAUGACGCAGGCAUGGACAUCUGGGGCGGAGAGAACUUGGAAAUCUCUUUCAGAAUCUGGCAGUGCGGCGGAACCCUGGAGAUCGUCACGUGCUCGCACGUGGGUCACGUGUUCAGAAAGGCGACGCCCUACACGUUUCCCGGAGGAACGGGACAGAUCAUCAACAAAAACAACAGACGCUUGGCGGAAGUGUGGAUGGACGAAUUUAAAAACUUCUUCUACAUCAUCUCCCCUGGUGUGACCAAAGUGGACUAUGGUGACAUCACGUCUCGGACAGUUCUCAGACAGAAGCUUCAAUGUAAACCUUUCAGUUGGUACUUGGAAAACGUCUAUCCUGACUCCCAGAUUCCCCGCCACUAUUACUCCCUCGGAGAGAUCCGGAAUGUGGAGACCAACCAGUGUUUGGACAACAUGGCCCGCAAAGAGAACGAGAAGGUCGGCAUUUUCAACUGCCACGGCAUGGGCGGCAACCAGGUGUUCUCCUACACGGCCAAUAAGGAGAUCAGAACAGACGACUUGUGUCUGGACGUGUCCAAAUUAAACGGGCCCGUCAUGAUGCUCAAGUGUCACCACCUAAAGGGCAACCAGCUGUGGGACUAUGACCCUGUGAAGCUGAGCCUGGUGCACGUCAACAGCAACCAGUGUUUGGACAAGGCCAGCGAGGAGGACAGUCAGGUGCCCAGCGUCAAAGACUGCACGCACUCGCGCUCGCAACAGUGGCUCCUCCGCAACGUCACGCUACCGGAGGUCUUCUGAUGGCGUACGGCGCACGCGCACUCCCACGCACACGGGGCCGAAUGUUUGUCUUUAAAAAAAAAAAAAAAAAACAACAAAAACCAAACAGAAUGAUACAAGCGCUCCGUGUGGAUGUGAGAGCAGGACACCUGGGACGGUACGACCUCGAGGAGCAGUGUUGCAUCCUCAGGAGGAAGACGGAGGAAAAGACUCCCCGCCAGGAGAUGCUGGAUGGCCGCAGAAAGACAUUGAUGCCCACCUGUCACGUCAUCAUGUAACGUUUACUGACUGCCUCUUGUUACGGAGUGUGUGCACUUAAAUUGUGUGUGUGUGACUUGAAUGUUUGUUUGUUUUGUUUUUUUAAUUUAAUUCUGUCAUGAGUGGUGAACACGAACUCCUAUGAAGAAGGUUGUUCUCCAUUGUGUGCCUCCUUACAGUGUGUGUCUCCCUCUAGUGUCGUCUCCUCGUCUGUACACCCUGCAGGAUCCCGAAGUGUCCCCAAAGGACUGUGCACAUUUUGGGGUUGGAAGGGCCAGGGAAGAGGGGGGGUCCAAAUGUGAUCUUAAGAAGACAAAUAAUUGUGAUGUGAUAUACUUUUUCUAUGUCCCGUUUUUACAUGUUUGUCUCUUGUCCAUAGAAGCUAGCACACUGCUCACUGCCUAGUUACUCACACACGUCCAGUCUGACCCUUGGGUCCAUUGGGUCCUCACUGGGGCCCGACCGAUUGGCCGAUAUAGCCCUUUAUUUUUGCUGAUUAUUAUUAUUAUUAUUAUAUACAUAUAUUUUAAACACGAAGCAGAAGGCAAAAAUAAUGACUUUCAAACAAACAAAACAGUAAAGUUAAACUAAUACUAAAGGACAAAAUAUUGUAAAACAGUCAGAUGUUCUGCCUCUAAUUCAUAUCUUUACUGUGGGUGUUAAUGGAGUAAAAAAAAGUUAUUCAUUAUAUAUUUUUGUAUGAUUAUUCGGCUGAUUAAUUAUUGCAAUUUUACUCAGCCAAUCAUCGGAAUCUGUAUUGGCGUAAAAGAAAAACAAAUAUAUCGGUUGGGCCCUAGUCCUUACGUUAAAGCAGGGUUUCCCCAAAUGUGUUCACAUGGACAUCAAACCAUUUACUAUAUAGCACUUGUAUUCAUUAGGGUCACGGGCGAAGUGCGGCGUACACCCUGGACUGGUUGCCAGCCAAUCACAAGGCACAUAAAGACAAGCGACCGUUCAUCCAUUUUCCAUAGCGCAUGUCUGUCCUCAUUAUGGUCGCAGGUGAGGUGAGCUGGAGCCUAUUUCGGCUAACUUUGGGCGAGGGGCAACCCGACAUCUGAACCUCUCGUCAGUGAGGCAAAUGUGCUAAACACAAGUUACUAAAAUAGACACACCAUCAUUGCCAUCGAUGUGCUGUACUAAGGAUACACUGAACACCGCAUACAACUUUUGCUUCACUCUGACAAUCGGUGACCAGAUUAAUGGAAAAAAAACUAAAAUGGGGCUCAGUUUGGGAACCCUGCUUUAAAGCAACACUCCAGUGUGGAGUGUGUCAAUGAGCUUCGGCCAUCUUAGGCUACUGACCAAACUUUGCUUCCAGUUGUUUGUUUGUGAAACAAUUCUUCACACCGCCUGUUGGAGGGUCCCUCUGAGUCAUCAUUCAGGCACAAAAGAGUUGAGAGGAAGACAUUUUGCAUAUCGCACCUUGUCAUAUUUUACUCUGCUUUUACGUCAUAUCUCAUAGUUAAGUUCGGCACUAACAUCCAUCAUGUUUUUUUUUUUGUUUUUUACAUAUCACUGCAAGUCUGUGAUGUCAUUAAGUUUUCCACGCUCGGUUCGGAAUAAUUCACUCAUUCUCUGCUCCCUAAUCACGUUUUUAGGGACUAUAGGUAACUGAAAAAUGUAAUAGUUCACUAAAAGCGUCCGCUAAAAAUGAACCAGUGUGAUCUGGCUGCAUUGCCACUUCAGGACCUUUAGUCCACGAAAACUCUCUACACGACCACUACUUAUUUAGGGAUUAUUGUAUAGUGGAUUAUAUCGUUGAAAAACUGGAAUAGGCAAUGAAUGAAUGAUUUUGAACACACUCAUUGUGUUCAGAAUCAUUAAUGCAUUCCUAAUUACCUAAUAAUUCGAUAUUGGGUUUUUAUAUUGUGGACUUAAAAUUGACCAGUAUGGUGUUCUGGGGCUGCUUUGUUAAUCCAGGACCUUUACCCCACUAAAAAUCCCUACACAGCGACUAUGUUUGGAAUCGUUUUUAGUGAACUAGGUACUCUACGAUUUGGGAGUGGGAAAUGAGUGACUGAUUCCCAAGACAGCAGCAAAGGUGUUUACACACAUCGAAAGCAUCCUUUAGCGUCGGUUCAAGGGAGCGACUGUGACGUGGUUUGAGAGGACAUUUUGUUGUGCUGUUUGGAUUGUACUGAAAUGUGCUGACACGUGUGGCUUUUUCCACAGUGAACGCAUCCAAAUGUAGAAAAUAAAAGUGAAGGCAUUUACAUGACCUGUCAAGGACAACCAUCA